UGCAGGUAAACCCAACCUGACUCUGCCGCUGGUUUCUCAUAAGGAGGCAGCCUCUCUACCGCUGAGCCCCGUAGACCCCCCAGGCCGGGCUCGCUCUCGCAGCCCCCUCAGCCCCCUCACCCCCCCUCAGUCCUCCAACGAGGGCUUCAACUGGCCCGACGUCAGAGAACUCCGCUCCAAAUACUCCGAGAAGAGUUUUGUAAGCCGGAGUCGCUCUAUCCCAGAGCAAAUGUUUGACAGUGGUCUAAGGAGGCACUCCAGCUGCUCCUCCAGCCUCCUCCCUGAAGGAGCUUCUGGAGAGGUUCCUUCAUACAAGCCUCGCAGCAGCCAGGACGCCAGCAGAGAAGAACGCAGAAAACGUCUUCACAGAGCCAAUUCUCUGGACCCUCGGAUGAGCGGAGCACAAAUGACUGAGCUGCAGAAGCUCCAGGACCAAGUUGCAAACAGCAACUCCGACGGUUACUACGUCGCAGCCGAGGCGCCGCUACCAAACGACCCUGAACACAAGAUCAUCGUCAUGGAGAAGCUUCCAGAGUCUGCGGAAACUGCUAAAGAAUCCAAAGAAGAAGAAGAAGGGGAUGAUAAAUACGUUCAGAUCCGUUCACCGACCAGCAGAGAGAAGAUCUCCAUUAUGGCUGUUAUCGACCGCUGCCGGGUCUAUCAGGAGUCUGACGAAUAUAAACAGAGGGAGGAAGUGAAAGCUAAAAGUGAGCCGGCGAGGCCCGAAGACCCGGAAGAUCAGGACGACGAGUCCCAGAGUUCAAAGUCCGGACAGAAGCCUGAAGCCGGUCCGCAGAGCAUCGUAAAGAAUCUGAGAGAAAGGUUCCAGAGCCUGAGCUGAAUAAACACAACUUCACACCAAAACUCUGAAUUAAUGAACCCAAAGAUAUAUUAAUACUUUUAAAAACAGGUUGUUAAAGUAGUGAAGAGAUGAUCCGCCUCAAGAGUUACCCAAUCAAAAGAUGAAUUAUUCUACAGCAGACAACUGUUAACAGCUGGAGAGGACAAGUCCUGCUUUAUUCCCUCUGAUUGUACGUCUAGAAGUUAUUUUGAAUCAGUGGCAAAUAUGUGUGAAGAAAUACUCACAAUGGAUGUUUAAAUGUGAAGAAAUGAAAUAAUAAAACCCAAAUUGUCAUACAUACUUAUAUGCAUAUAUAUAAUGUAUAGUGUGAUUUGAUAUCCAAAGAAGAUACAAAAAUUACUUUCUCAAGACUACGAGAGCUUUUCCCAGCGUCCUCUCUGGCAUUUUGUAGAUAAUUGUCUAGAAAUGUGUAAAUAUCUUUAUACUGUCCUCCAGUACAAGUUAUUGUCAGUCACAAUAUUUGAUAAAAGCACCUUUUUGUACAGGAUGUUAUUCUGUGUUGCUCAGAGAGAUCACUACAGGAAGGGAUUGGUCGUCUUGUAAAAGCUUCGUUGUUCAGCACAGACUUUAAUGCUCCGCUGUUACCAUUAAAGCUCACCUGUGUGGAUUCCUGCUACAAGAGGACUAACCACUAUAUCUUACCUGUCAGGUCACUUUGUUCGGUCACUUUUCUAAAAACAACUCACAGAUUCUUCUUCUGUUACGUUUCUAUUACGUGAGUGGUCCAACAUUUGGAGAAACGCUCAUGUGAACAAGAAUAAAUGUCGGACUGAAAUCUAAAUGAUUUAAUGGUUUUCUUCUGGUUUUAUGAAAAGUGUUUCUGGUAACAGUAUGGAGGACCCAACCUGCUUAACUCGGAGAAAAAUAAAUUCAGUGAAUGAUUUCAAAACCUGCUCAAGUGCUGUUGUUCAAAAAUUAAGUAAUAAAUAAAAUGACUGUGGAUUUAUGUUCUUUCAGUAGGAUUUAUUUUUCCAAUUGUGAAAACAAUUAAAAGCAGUGAUCUGAACUAUUUUACCCUCAGUACAAAUUAUGAUUAUUGUGUUUAUAUAUUUUGUGCCUUUUAUUGUCUAAUUUAUGUUACAUUUAUUUGAAUAUUUGAUUCACUUUGUUCAUUCUUUACUUCCUAUUAAGUCAGGUUUUGUUCUCCAUACACACAGUUAUAUUUAUAUAAUGCAGCUUUUAACAAAUUAGUGAGUCGAUUCUUUUUACUUGCCCAGUGGCACACUGGCAGAUUUGGGACUUGAACCUGUGACUUCCCUUUAACCACUGGACCACCCUGCACAUCAUGUUUUCACUGUUAACAGCCAGGCUUGUACGUGUACCUCCUAUUUAUUUGACCUGGUGUAAAUACAAACUGUCUGUCUCUGUCUCUGGUUAUAUGUGUGUGUGUAUGUCUAUGUACAAACAUGUUUAUAUGACCUCAAAUCUGUUCUCCAUUAAAACCAAAUGUACA